GGCGCUUUUGCAUCGUCCUCCUCGCUCCUUCCAUUAAUGCCUCCCAUUUCUGUCCCGAUUCAUAUCCCCUAUUCUUCUACUUUUGUUCUUCCUCUUCCUCUUCAUCUUCUAGGGUUUCUCUCACUGAGGAGGUCGCAGUCGCCGCCAUGGAGAGGAAGAAGUAUCCGAUCCGCCCGGAGGACUACGAGCUCUACGAGUUGAUUGGACAGGGGGCAAGCGCCGUCGUGCGCCGGGCUCUCUGUAUCCCUCUGAACGAGAUCGUCGCUAUCAAGAUUCUCGACUUUGAGCGCCAAGGAAGCGAUCUGAGCAACAUCUCGAGGGAGGCUCAGACCAUGAUUUUGAUAGACCAUCCCAACGUGCUCAACGCUCACUGCUCCUUCGUGAAGGUUCACACCUUGUGGGUCGUUAUGCCGUACAUGGCAGGGGGUUCUUGUCUCCAUAUCAUGAAGUCAGCAUUUCCAAAUGGCUUCGAGGAAUUGAUCAUUGCGACGAUUUUGAAGGAAGCGCUGAAGGGUUUGGAUUAUCUUCAUCAUCAUGGUCAUAUCCACCGUGAUGUGAAAGCUGGCAACAUCCUAGUUGAUGCAAAAGGUGGAGUUAAACUUGGAGAUUUUGGGGUUUCUGCUUGCCUUUUCGAUUCAGGUGAUAGACAACGCUCAAGAAAUACUUUUGUUGGGACUCCUUGCUGGAUGGCACCUGAGGUGAUGGAACAGUUGCAUGGCUAUGAUUUCAAGGCAGACAUAUGGUCUUUUGGGAUAACUGCUUUGGAACUUGCUCAUGGACAUGCUCCUUUCUCAAAAUACCCUCCAAUGAAGGUCUUAUUGAUGACUUUGCAAAAUGCACCUCCAGGCCUUGACUAUGAAAGGGACAAGAAAUUUUCAAGGAAUUUCAAGCAUAUGAUUGCAUCCUGCUUGGUUAAAGAUCCUUCGAAGAGGCCUACUGCUCAUAAAUUGUUAAAACACACAUUCUUCAAGCAAGCUCGAUCAAAUGAUUAUAUUGCGCGGAAAAUUUUGGAAGGCUUGGCUGCACUUGGUGAUCGAUACCAAGCUCUAAAGGAGAAGGAAGAAGACUUACUUGCACAAAAGAAAAUGCCAGAUGGAAAGAAAGAGGAGAUCUCACAAAAUGAAUAUAAAAGAGGAAUCAGUGGGUGGAACUUUGAUAUCGAUGACUUGAAGGCCCAAGCAUCAUUGAUUCCUUGCAAUGAGGAUGCAGGAAAAGAUCAAGGAGUCUCAAAUUCCUUUUUUGAGUGCGACAGUUCACAUGAGAAAAUGUCAGAUAGGUCAUAUUCCACAAUUUGUUCAUUGAAGGAACAUGAUGACAUUGAAAGUGAUGGGUCCCAAAACAAAUCUUCUUCACCUUUACUGCCAGAUGAAACAUCAACUUCUCAGAGAAACCGAUCUGAUGGAUCUGAUAAUGAGUUGAAGAAUAUGGGGGCAAGUGAUCAGCAGGUUGUAAUGCAGCUCCAGAGGAAUGAGAUGGAUAAUCUCACUAAAAAUUGUGAAAAAGGAUUAGAUGGACGGUCUGCACUUGGCGGGAGCGAAAAGAAGGUUUCAACCGCUUUAGAAAUUGAGGAAAAAUAUGUGAAUAGUUUUACUUCUAGUUCAGAGGAGCCAAAAAUUUUUAGGAAUAGCUCCAGUGAAGUUCCUUCAUUUUCCAAAGGAGAAAGCUUGAAGCAACAAAAUCAACAGCAGAACAACAUAAAUCCGAAUGGAGAGGUUCCCCAGACAACAAAUGAAUCACCCUCUGAGCUUGCGUCAAAAAUCUCCAAACCAAUGGCUCCAAGCGGUGAUGACAUUGAUGACAAGACAAAGACUCCUAUUGUUCAACAAAAAGGGCGCUUCAAGGUGACCUCUGAAAGCAUUGAUUUUGAUAAGCCUUCUGCCAUUGGCCUACAAAAGAGUCAUAGCGUACAGGUGAUUUCUCAGCUUCAAUCGCCGAAUCUUUCACCAUCAGCUGAUUCAACUCCAAGCUACGCAAGCUCAUUCAUUCAACAGUUGCAGUUUGUAUUGCAGAGCAAUAUUGUUCAGAGGGAUCACAUUCUUAGUAUGAUGAAGCAGUUGAGUACUGGAGAUACAUCAGCUAACCGGCUAGUUGAUGGAGUAUCGUCACUUUCACCUACUACAACAUCUGACAAAUCGUUGUUGGAGACUGCGCAUGAAAGAGAGAAAGAACUGCUACAGGAAAUCAGUGAGCUACAUUGGAGGCUUGCAUGCUCACAGGAAGAAGUGCAUAAGCUAAAAGCAAGAACCAGCAAUAUGUAGCAAUGUUGCUUUGUGGAGCUCCAGAUAACAGAAGCCUUUAGACCAUCAAAUAGAGAGUUUAACAAAAUUAAUAUGCGUUUAAAGGUUCUUCUCUCAAUAGUAUAUUCAUUUGAUAAUACGAGUCAAUCAACAUAAUGUUUGUUCUUUGUCUAGCUGCUACAUCCCAAACAUUUAGGUUUGAUUGAU